AUGAGUGCGAAAAGUUUAUAUUGUUUCGUAUGUGACAUAGCUGUCACAAAUAGAUAUUUUUCAUUAGCUACUUGCAGAACACAAUCAUCAAAAAAAAAAUUAGUUGAAAAAUUGGGUUAUUUGGUCGGAGAUCAAUACAUGAUAGUCAUAACAGAAGAUGAUGUCAUUUGCAGAAGUUGUGCUAAUCUCAUGAACACAUUAGAUCGAUUAGAAGUUGAAAUAGGUUCCGUCAAAAGAGUUGUUCUUAGAUUUUUAGAAAGAAAAUAUUCAUUAGAAGAAGGAGAAUUGCUAAAUCAAAAAUCUGAUAAUCAAUUAAUGCCAGAGACUGAAAAAAUUAAUAAUCCUACAUUUAUGGUAAGGAAAAAACAAGCCGAACAAGAAUUUGAAAAUGAUACUGAAUGCAGUGCAGAUGAUCCUAGAUCAAGAAUUUGGAUGCAAUGUGACAAAUGUCAAUACACUACAAAUUACACAUCAUUCGUUAAAAAUCACAUAAGGGGUGAAAUUUGUCUCAACUGCGAAGCCCCCACCAAAAACGGAAUGUGCACCGAAGAUUGCAUAACGAAAUCGAAUGUGGAAAAUGUUGUCGUCCAAGAUCAAAAUGAGAAAACAUAUUCGGAAGCAAUGGAACUUAUAGUGAACAAUAUGAGUUUUUUAAAUGGAGAAAACGAUGAGACAUUUUCAUUGAUACAAGAUCCAAAUAUUCAAGGUAAAUUAGAAGUGGCUUUUAAUGUUAACGAAUCGAGUGAUGAUGUUAACGUUGUGGGAGAAAAUAAAACUGAAGAAAAAGAAGAGAAACCUGCUUUAUACCUUCAAGUUGUCAACGAAGAUGAUGAAGAUUUUGAUAAUAGUAAUGUGAGACAGGUAUUAACUGUAACCGGUGAUGGUGCUGUCGAAAUGAUGGAAGUCAUGUGGAAUGAAGAAACAAAUAGUCCGGUCGCUGAAAUCCCUUUUUAA